AUGAUUGAAGUGCCGGCGGGCAAGAAGGAGUGCUUCUUCGAGGAUCUCCACGUGAACGAUAAAAUGACAGUGACCUACCAGGUUGGAGGUGGUGGUCACCUAGAUAUUGACUUCUGGUUGCAAGAUCCCGACCACAAUGCCCUCGCCAACCACGAGAGACAGAGCACAGGCACCGUCUCUGUAACUGCCAAGAAGGAUGGCAGAUACGAAUACUGCUUCUCCAAUCUCAUGAGCACUGUCGUCGACAAGCUCGUAAGCUUCAACGUGCACGGUGUCAUUUAUGUCGACGAGGACGAUAUUGUUUCACCAAUUGAGCGCGAGAUUCGCGCGCUUGCUCACGGCCUCGCGACCGUUAAGGAUGAGCAGGAGUACAUCGUGAUUCGCGAGCGAAGACAUCGCAAUACUGCGGAGUCAACAAACUCCCGUGUCAAGUGGUGGUCCAUUUUCCAAGCUGUAGUGUUGUUCUCGGUGGUGGCUUGGCAGGUGUAUUACCUCAAGUCUUUCUUCGAGGUAAAGCGUGCUUUCUGA